AUGUACGGCAGCUUUUGGCUCAGUCCUCUGAAGGUCGGUAACAGAUCGCACAUAGCACGAUGCAUGAUGCGGAACUGCCCUGCAAAGAGUGUCCCCCGCUGUGUGUCGGAGAAGCAGAGGGAGAAGCAGCUGGCUGGUUGGCGCGGUGCUGCUGAUGCAGUGUACCGGUUAGGUCUGACUGCAAAGAAGUGCUCUCCCUCCACCCCCUCCCACCCAGCGCACUCUAGACUCUCCGGGUGA